AAGAAGACGGAUUGUCACGUGACUAAUGUUAAACCAGGAAGUGCGGUGUCAGGUACACGGUGAAAUCAAAACAAAUCAACAGUAGCCUGUUGAGAAAAAUUCCUUGAUUAUUUGAACACAUAUUUCAGGCGACAUGGAUGAAACGCUCUUCCAGUUAAAGUUUACAUCAAAACAGCUUGAGAGAUUGGCCAAGAAAGCAGAGAAGGAUUCUGAAAAGGAGCAGGCCAAGGUCAAGAAGGCUUUGCAACAGAAAAAUGUGGAAUGUGCUCGAGUCUAUGCAGAAAACGCUAUUCGGAAAAAAAAUGAAGGUCUGAACUGGCUGCGCAUGGCGUCACGUGUUGAUGCUGUGGCCUCUAAAGUCCAGAGUGCUGUCACCAUGAAGGCUGUGACCAAAAACAUGGGUCAGGUGACCAAAGCUCUGGACAAAGCUCUUAACUCCAUGGACCUCCAGAAGGUGUCUGCAGUCAUGGAUAAGUUUGAAAGUCAAGUACAAAACCUUGAUGUUCACACCUCGGUUAUGGAGGACUCCAUGAACUCUGCAAUGACACUGACCACACCUCAGGACCAGGUGGAUGAUCUGAUCCACCAAAUAGCGGAGCAGAAUGGCCUGGAGGUGAUGGAUCAGCUGAGUCAACUGCCAGCAGGAGCCACUUCAAUCGGUGCAGAGAGCUCACGGAGUCAGGAGAAGGAGGACCAGCUGUCUCGACGGUUGGCUUCUCUGCGGAACUGAGGCUUCCUCCUGGAGCAGUGACAGCUGCCUGACGAGCCUAAUGACAGAGGCAGGAGCUGUGUGUGUUUCUAUUGAACUGUUCCUAGCAGGAGGACUUAAUGAGCCUAUUGAUUACUACCCCCGUUCUAUAAAUAUAUAUGUACACACAUAACCCAAAUAAGUAGGCACGAGUCGCUCCCUGGUUCACCUUGCUGUUUCGAUCCUUUGCUCCUGUUUCUAUUGUCCCCUCUAAUUCCCCACAGGAUCUCAGUUUUCUUCUUGCUUUUCCUGUUUUCCAUCCUUUUUAUAGCCCUCUGUCUCUGCCCAUGCCUCUUUGUUUCUGCUCACAUGCUCCUGAAUGUCUGCUCUGUACAGAAGAAGAAAAUCUGUUCAUUCAGUUUAUAAAGGAAUUUACCAACUGUAUAUUGAUUUAAAAAGAGUUUAACAUUAAGGGUCCUGGUGCAGGGUAGCUUGAAACGGUUCAGAAGAUUUUGUCAGACGUGACUUGGUGGAGGCGUGUAUUUACUAGGAAAAACAUCUUUUUCUUGCACAAUUUUGAGAUGUUUCUGUUUUUUUAUUGUUCAUCUAAUUUUCCUGCUUGUAUUCACUUUUCCUGUUUUGUUGCUUUGAAUGCCUUACUUGGGAUGCAGAGGUUUGCAUAGGGGCGUCCCCACCAGUGCCUGAAGGACAAUAGUUCAGAGUGCAACCUUGGCCAACACUGCUCACGUGUUUUCUGUUCCUCCUGUGGCACACGCAGGCUUUUUUCCUUUUCUUCUUCUAGACAAUUUCCACUUGAGCCCUGAAUGUGGUAACUGAGGUCGGGUUCCUGUUCCUCCUGGGCAGACAUUUUCUAUGGCUUUAGCUCCGUAGCAUCAACAAUCUCUUCUCAUUUAGGGGUUGACAUUUUCACCCAGCAACAUCUAAACCUCCAUACAUUUGCUAAGGGUUCUUUAAUACCCUUAUGAUGCUUUUGUGUCUUAGGAAUACAAGCUGGAAACUUCUUGAUUUGCCUUGCUUAGAAUAUAUUAAUGGACAUAUUUAUGCUAGAGAAACAAAAACAGGUCUUCUUUGAAGGAUAAAGUGUAGAACAGCUUGAGAAUGAUGGGUUUUGUUUGGUUGUGUGACAUUCUAUAGUUCUUUGUGUGCUUUUCUUUCCUGUCUGCGUUCUCCGUGUGAACACUACUGAGGGGACAAACCUCCAGCUGAGACAGAGCAGCUUCAGCCUCUGCAUCACAUUUAAGUUCAGUGGGAGGUUUUUAUUUAUAUUGAAGUUUCCACUGACUUUUGCAAAAUCACUCUUUUGUAUAUUUAACUGGUGGAAAUAAAAUGCUGCCCCUGAAUACGUCUUUAA